UAUGAAGUGAACUGCUUGUCAAAUAAAUUAUGUAAUGACAAAUAAAUUCUAUAAAAGCUGAAGAAAUUAUACAUUCACAUAACAAUAAUAUAAAAAAUAAAAUGAAAGUAAAAAAAUCAAAGAUUGUUGCCAAGAGGGUGAAGAAGAAACAGCAAUUGAAAAAACCAUUAAGUAAGGUAACAACGGAAGAGUUUUUUGAGCAAAAUUUUGAAGACAGCAGUGGUGAGGAUGAAGAACGAAAAAGUAAAAAGGGUGGCAGCAAUAGUGAAGACAAGGAUUAUGAUAGCGGAGAAAGUGAUAUGGACCCUGAUGAACACAAAAAAUCGUUAAUGAAAUUAAAAGAUACCGAUCCUGAAUUUUACUCGUAUUUGAAGGAAAAUGACAAAAAACUUUUAGAGUUUAAUUUGUCUGAUGAGGAUGAUGUACCUUCAGAAAUCGAGGAUAGCAAAACUCAUACCCUUGAAGAUAAUUUAGAGAUUGCAAGUGAUGAAAGUGAUUAUGAGCCAGUAGGAGAAGAAGGUAGUACUACUUUAGGGGGUCCACAGAAAGUAACACAGAAAUUGCUUCAAACUUGGCAAGAUGAACUAGAAAAAACCAGACCCUUAAAGACAAUAAAAAAUGUUGUUGAAGCUUUUCAUGCAGCUUUACAAAUGGUGGAAGAACCAAAUGAACCUAAAAGCACUCGGUAUAAAGUUGAAGGGGCUACAGCAUUCAAUGGAAUAGUACGUUUGUGUAUUCUACAUCUACCUCCUGCGUUCAAGAAGUUUCUACAAUUGGGUCCAGGAAAUUCAUUUGAAGCUCAUAAAGCGAAACGGUUUGUCAAAGUAAAAACAGUCAUAAAGUCAUAUCUUACAGACUUAAUUAAGAUAUUAAAAAACGUAACGUCAUCUAACAUCCUUACUGUACUUUUGAAACAUCUUCAUCAAAUGUUACCUUAUGUACAUUCAUUCUCAACGCUAAGUAAACCUCUGCUGAGGAUACUGUUGCAAAUGUGGUCAAGUGGUGAAGAUACAGUCAGAGUUGUGGCUUUUCUGAAUAUAUUACAUUAUGCAUUAGGUCGCAAAGGAUCGAUUCUUGAAACCUUGUUGAAGACAAUGUACGUCAAAUAUGUUGAAAACUCCAAAUUCGUUUCUCCGAUAACCCUACCAGGAAUCAAUUUUAUGAGACAUUCACUAUGCGAAAUAUUUAUGCUCGACUGCAAUCUUUCGUAUAACCAUGCUUUCCUUUAUAUCCGUCAAUUGGCGAUUCAUUUAAGAAAUGCAGUGACUUUAAAGAAGAAGGAAUACUUCCAAGCAGUAUAUAAUUGGCAGUACAUUAAUUCCCUGCGGUUUUGGGCUGAAUUAAUAAGAUUAAAAAAUCAGUCAAUGUUGCAAUCACUUCUCUAUCCUUUGGUACAGAUUAUCACAGGAACUAUCAAAGUAAUACCAACUACGCAAUACUAUCCUUUACGAUUCCAUUGUAUAGAAAUAUUAAUAAACAUUUCUAAGGACACCGAUACUUUCAUACCGAUCUUGCCAUUUGCUUUGGAGAUACUUGACUCAUAUGAUUUUAACAAGAGGCAUAAAGCAGUGUCCAUGAAACCCAUACCAUUAACUUGCGUGCUGAGAAUGUCCAAGGCACAGUUACAAGAAAAUGGCUUCAAAGACAGCAUCAUUGAAAAUAUCUACGAACUUGUAUUAACGUGUGCAGAGAAAGACAGUCAUAAAAUUUAUUUCCCCGACAUGUACGUGCCUUGUGUCAUACAGUUGAAAGCAUUCGUGAAAAAGUGUCACGUAGCGAACUACUGCAGAAAAAUUAAACAGCUCUUAGACAAGAUCGAAGAGAACCGGCAGUUCAUCGAGAAGCAACGAGCCAACGUAGCAUUCGAAUUAAAGGACACCGUGGAAAUAAAAAAUUGGGAGAACCGAAUGAGAGCCCAGGGAACUCCAAUUUCGAAAUUCUUCGAGUCUUGGAUCAAGAUCCAGCGGUCGCAAAAGCUGAAGCUUUUGACAAAGAACGACGAAGUUGCCGACUUCGGUUUACCCACGUUAAAGAAACUAAAAGAGCGAGCCAGAGAGACGGAAGAAAACGGGGAUGACGACGAGGACGAGCUCGAGGUGCUGGAAAAGAGAAAAAGAAAGUCAAAGUCUGGGAGGCGAGCAGAGAAGAAAAAAACCAAGCACGCCGCCCUUGAGGAUAUCGAAGACCUUCCCAGAGAAAAUACGGAUAUCGUCAAGGAAACCAGUGUCAAUGAUUGGGAUUGAUGAUGUAUACUUUUUUACGCCUACAAUCUUGUCUCAAGGAGCAUCGAGAAAGGAACAAUAAAGCCAGUCGUUCUC